AUGAAUACACAGAGCACCAGUUCCCGCCCGCGUAUCAAGCAGAGGACCAAGGACAGUAGCGUGUUUAAAUCAUGGCUUCACGAACAAGCCAAAAUCGACAACGAUGGUGUGAUACCCGCCGCAAACGCACCCUUGGAGGGGCUUGGUGACGCCGCCGCCGCCGAGGUUUCCGCGCUGAUGGCUACCCCUCGCGAGUACCAAAACGAGCUCUUUGAGAGGGCGAAGAGCAAGAACACGAUUGUAGUAUUGGAUACUGGCUCCGGCAAGACUUUGAUCGCCAUCAUGCUUCUUCGACAUGUUCUCGAACAAGAGCUGGAAGACAGAGCCAACGGAGGCACGCGAAAGACUGCCUUUUUUGUCGUGGACAAGGUCGCCUUGUGCAUGCAGCAGUACCAAGUAAUUCACGCGACUCUACCGUUUUCAGUCACCAAGUUCUACGGCGAGCUGCAACCUCUGGAGCAAAGCCAGACCCAUUGGGAUGCCCAGUUUGACGAAAACAUGAUUAUUGUAUGCACCGCGCAAAUGCUUCUUGAUUGCCUUAGCCAUGGAUUCAUCAACAUGAGGCAGAUCAACCUCCUCAUCUUCGACGAAGUUCACCACGCGAAAAAGGAGCACCCUUACGCAGCCAUCAUGAAACGAUACUACCCGCGAGACAACAACGUCAAGCCACGCAUCCUGGGGCUGACUGCGUCUCCCGUCGACACAGGAACCCUUGACAUUGAAACCGCAGUGGAGAAACUCGAGAGCCUCAUGUGCAGCGAGAUUGCGACCGUGUCGGAUGCUGUGCUCGAAGCUGGUUGGACCAAGCGCGAGCAGAAAGAAAAAGUGCGACUUUACAAGCCGCUAAAGGACGUGAAAGACUGCUAUACAAAGUUGGCCAGGGAUAUUGACGAGUUUGCUCAACACGUUCCCCAGCUCGCAGCCUCUGUACAAUUCUCUGCCAAGAUUGGAUCGGCCCUUGGUCCAUGGUGCGCCGAUCGCUUUUGGCAGAUUCUUCUGACCGAUGACCUGAUGAGAAACAUGGCUGUGCAACUCGGCAAAGGUAAAAAGACCAAUUUCAGUUACGAUCGUUACGAUGCUGCGUCGGGUGCUCUCGAGAGCUUGCGACCUAUUAUAGAUCAUCAUCGAUUUGCGCCGGCCUCGACGGACGAAGACGCCAUUUCGUCAAAGCUCGUUGUGCUGCGAGAGACGCUAUGCGCUGCUUUUGAGGAAGAAAGCGAGACAAAGUGUCUUGUUUUUGUAGACGAGCAGUUCAUGGCCAUGAUCUUGGCUGAUUACUUUUCGCAGCCUGGCACUGCACCGCAAGGAAUGAUUGCAGACUUUAUGAUUGGAUUAGCAAAGUCGUUUGCCCACGCCAACUUGUCUCUGCGCGAGCGAAUGCAGAAAUUGAACGACUUCAAGCACGGCAACACAAACUGCCUCUUUGCGACGUCGGUCGCCGAAGAAGGGCUCGACAUUCCUGCAUGCGACCUGGUGAUCCGGUUCGACAUGUGCAUUUCUGCGAUUCAGUACAUACAGUCACGAGGACGGGCGAGAAAGGCCUCGUCUGUCUAUAUCACCAUGAUGGAACAAGACAAUAACCAACAUCUCAACCGCUUUCGCAAUGUCACUUUUGACGCGCAGUGUCUACGCCGAUUCUGCCAAAAGCUGCCUCCUGACCGAAGUAUAGGUAUAUACGAGCGUCCACCCGAAAAGGAGCUCCUCGUUGCAGACACGGCCACACUGUCUACCCAGAACAGCAUGGCCGUCCUCGCUAGAUUUGUGUCCACCCUAGCUCAGGGGAUGGACAGGAGCCCGAAACCAGAAUAUGUCGUCUGCGCCACAGGUACCAACUUUACCUGCUGGGUGAUUCUUCCAGACUCGGCUCCUUUCAACUCAACCACCGGGAUCCUAGAGAGAAGCAAGGUUAGGGCUAGAUGUGCGGCGGCGUACGAGGCAUGCACACGGCUCAUCGAGAUGGGCAGCAUCAACAAGAACUUGCAGCCAACGUUUAAAAAGAAUCUCCCCAGGAUGCGGAAUGCACGUCUGGCACUCAGCAGCAAGAAGCAGAAAGUGUACACCAUGUUGGUCAAGCCAAAGAUGUGGACGUCUCUCCCGGCUGGGAUACCGGCCGUGCUUUUCCAAACCUUUGUCCAGGUGCUUCCCGACUCUGCUGCCGUCACACCCAUUGCACUUUUGACGCGAGAAGAACUGCCCGACAUAGGGCCAAUCAAGCUUUUUGUUUCGGCAGACGUCAUCAUGUCAGCGAAAUUGAUACCUGGUGGAGCAGUGCAAGUAUCACCAGAGCAGGUACAGAAGCUGGCGGCGUUUACGCUUUGCCUAUUUGACGAUGUAUUCAGCAAAAAGUUUGAAGCAAAAGACGAAGAGAUUCCUUUUUACUUUGCUCCUGCAUCCAUGGCGCUGUAUGAAGACGAAAAGGGGGCCAUUGACUGGCAGGAACUAGAGCAUGUUGUUCUGUCCAUGCAUCAGAGCCCAGUUGUCGACCCAGGAAAUAUUGCUCGUCACUAUUUUGUCGUUGAUCCGCAUUCCGGCGCAAGAAAGUUUAUUAUACACGAGAUUGAACAUGCACUACGAGCAACUGACCAGACCCCUGCAGGUGUCCCUGAGCACAAGAAUAGCGGCUACCAGACGUCGGACAGGUCCAUUAUGCAGUACAGCUGCAGCACCAGACGAGCACAACGAUCGAGUAUAGUAUUUGACACUGAGCAGCCAGUGUACAAGGCCUGGUUGUUAUCUUUGCGCCGCAACUUCUUGGAUGAUGAUGACAUGGAGACUGUCAAAGGGGACCAGCGAUGCUACAUCACUCUCCAGUGUCUAAAGGUGUCUGCGAUUCCGGCCGAUGUUGCUCGCGCAGCCCUGCUGCUUCCGUCUAUCCUCCACCGUCUGGACACUGCAUUGAUCGUGACUGAAGCCCGCGACAUGUUGGGGCUGAACCUGCCACUCCAGCUGGCGUGGGAGGCGUUUACAAAGGGCGCAGAUGACGCUGAUGAUGACGACGGCGAGCUCGACGCUGAGCAUGAGCAUGAGCAGCAGCAGCACGGCGGCCAGCGAAACUAUGAAAGGCUAGAGUUUUUGGGCGAUAGCUUUCUCAAAAUGGCCACGACGAUUGCCCUGUACACGCGCAACUCUGAGGCCACCGAGUUUGAGCAUCACGUAGAGAGAAUGCUGCUGCUCUGCAACAAAAAUCUGUUCAACACCGCUCUGGACCUGGGUCUGCAGAGCUACAUUCGCUCCGACAGGUUCGACAGACGCACAUGGUAUCCCAACCUGCCCCUGGUACGGGGCAAGUCUGCAAAGGCAACGGUGGUGCAGCAGCUGGGGGACAAGACUAUUGCCGAUGUCUGUGAAGCCAUCAUCGGCGCCGCCUACAUGAGCGGCGUCCAACAGGGGGGGAACAUGGACGAGGCGGUCAAGGCAGUCACCAAGAUGGUCAACAAUGACAACCACAAAAUGACAUCCUUUUCCGACUACUACGCCGCGUUUUCCGUGCCCGCCUGGCAUCUGAGCCCCGGCAGCGUCAGCGUCCGAGCCACGGUAGACCGAGUCGCCGCGAUUAUCGGCUACCGGUUCCGCUCGCCGCUGCUCCUGCGCAGCGCCUUCACGCACGCGUCGUACAAGGCCGAGGAGAUUCCCAGCUACCAGACGCUCGAGUUUCUCGGCGACGCGCUGCUCGACAUGGUCAUCGUGGACCACCUCUUUCGCACGCGCCCGCACGCCGGCCCGCAGGCGCUGACGGAGAGCAAAAUGUCCGUCUGCAGCAACCAGUUUCUCGGCUGCCUGUGCGUCGAGCUCGGCCUGCACCGGGAGCUGCUGACCGCCGACGCGGCGGUCCCGGGACACGUCAAGGCCUUUGAGGAAAAAGUGGCGUACCUGCGGGAGCAGGCCGCCGGGACCGGCGCGUCGGCCGCGACGAACAAGGCUUACUGGACGCUGGCGACGCGCCCGCCCAAGGCGCUCGCCGACGUGGUCGAGGCGCUCAUCGGGGCCAUGUUUGUCGACGCGCGGUACGACUUGUCCGUCGUCGCGAAUUUUUUCCAGCGCUUCGUGCAACCGCACAUCGGGGCCAUGGACGACGACGGCUACGACGCGCUCGGCCCGGGACACGUCGUCACCCGCGCGGCGCGCUGGCUGCAGGGAGAGUACGGGUGCGGGCGCUGGCGCAUGUGCGUGUCCGAGGUGCCGUGCGAGUCGCGCGCGGGCAUGCGGGCGCUGACGGCGAGCGACUGCGUGUGCGCGCUCGUCGUCCACGGCGAGGUGCGGUGGCACGCAAAGGCCGGCAGCGCCGUCGAGGCAAAGAGUAAAGUGGCGGCCAUGGCCCUCAAGGCGCUCGAGGGGGGCAGCGUGGAUCGUGCCCGGUGGCGGGCGGAGAUGAAGUGUGACUGCGCCGGGCAGGGCUGA